AUGAGCCGCAAAGCCAACGCAGCCAACGCCAACGAUGCCGCCACCUCGAAUCACAAGCAACGGGCGCAGCCAGGUCUCCAUCCAUCCGCGCCCCUCGCGCCGGCCACAGCAGCACGGCCGACGCCGGUAGACCAGCAGGUGCCUACACAAACUCGCUUGUAUCCCGCUCACAGCCACCACCACGGAUACGAAGCGCACAGCUGCGGGCAGCAGCGCGUCAUCAAGCCGACGGUCGCCAGAAACAGCAGCCGCCUCGACGCCGUCGCCAACACCCUCGGUGCGCUCACAGCUCACGCCAAUCGCGGAUGGAACUCGCUCCGAGCAGCCUCGACGGGUGUGCCUGCGGCGUUUUCUUCGCCGGACCUUGCGGCCGAUGCAUCCAGACGCGACGGCGCCAUCUCUCCCGUCUAUGAUGCCUUCCAGAACGCGGGCGAUCCAGUGUCCGAGGUCGAGGCCAACAACGCUCGAGAGGGCGGGGCAGAGCCGGCGGACACGGUCGACUGGAGCCGCUGGGAGCGGAUGCGGAUCGGCACGCGCCUGGUGCCCGUGCUGAUCAGCGCAUACGACUCCGGCACUCUCCAGAUCCUUCAGGCCGAUGGCGACAACAUGAAGGAACUCCUCACUGUCCCCUCUGCCGCCUUUCAAGACCACUCUUACCUCUACGCGCGCCCUCCUCAACGCGUGCUGACCGCCUGCUGCCGUUCUUCGGCACACGCCGAGCUGCUCCUCGUGGUCGACGCGCCGCUCGAGGUCAUUGCCUACUCGCUCGAGACGCACGCCGUGCUGCACCGCACCAAGCUGAUCGGGCCCGACGGCACCUUCCAGGCGGCUGAGGUCGACCGAUGCGACAUGCAGUGCAACGAGCGCUUCACCUGCAUCGCUCUCUCCAGCCCGGGAUCCAUCCACGUGCUGCGCACCGCCGACCUGCAGUAUGCCGCCGACGUCGUGGGAGACGUGGCGCUGUCGGCGCACGGUGGCCCACCGCCAAUGAGCCUCUCGGGCCGCAUUCUAAGCUACGCAACCACCAAGGCGGGCGCCCUUUCCGAGGUCGCAGCUGAUGCGCGGCGGCCAGCGAAGGCCUCGGCCUCGGUCGCUCCCAUCGCCGGAAGGGGCGGAGCUGGCGGAGGCACAGCCGGAAGCGCUUCUGACCGCGAUGCAGGCCGUUCGCGAUCGAGCACCCAGGGCCAGGUCGUGCUUGGCCCGGGUGACAUGAGGGAGCAGAUGCUCGAGACGUCGGCGCAGAUGGGUGACGUCGCCCGUCGCGUCGGCGGCAACGUCAUGAGCGGGAUGCGGACGCUGGGGGAGUGGGGCAGCACCUACCUUGCCAACGCCUCUCUCAGCCCGCCUGCGACCACCCACGGUCCGACGCCCAGCCAGAGCCCGGGCCACGGUCCCGUCGGCAUCCUUUCCCGGUCUGCGCCGAUUCCGAGCCACCUUUCGCAGAGAUCGAUGUCUUCGGUCUCGAGCUCGCCGAGGCUCGGGCCGGUCUACGAUGGACCUGCCGCCAAGCGCUCCUCGAUGAACCCAGAGAAGGAGCGCGAUUCGCCGCAGACCACCUCGGCCGUCGUCCGGAUCGUCGACCUCGGGUCGUCGCUGCGCACCGUCGCGACGUUUGUGCCGUCAAAGUAUCCAGUCGCCCACAUCGCCUUCGGCCCAAACGCCCAGCUUUGCUUCACAGCCGACUCGCUCGGUCACGCCUUCCACAUCUUUGAGCUGCAGGUGGUUGGCACGUUUGGCGUUGUUCGCGAUGGAAGAGAGGCGCCGUCGCCCCUCCUGCACAGGUACAAGCUUCUGCGAGGCGUCACGAGCGCCGAAGUCGUCUCAGCCCAGUGGAGCCCCGAUGCACAGUGGAUCGCUGUGGGCACGCGAACCGGCACGGUGCACACCUACGCCAUCAACCCGUACGGUGGAGCCGCGUCGAUCCGGAGCCACGUCGUCGGCAAGGUCCAUAAUGCGGCGUCGAUGGCCCCGCUCAGCGUUACCGUCAGCAGCAUCGCACGCACUGCGAGACCCGCCUCGCAUGCUCAGGACGCUUCGAAGCACGACAGCUCUCUUCAGCACCACCAGUCGCGGUCGCACACCGCCUCGUCGGGAUCCCCUGAUGCGCUUGGCGACGAAGGGGCGGCAGCGCAGCUCUCGUCGGCAGUACCGGCCUUUCUGAUGCAGCGCACCACUCAGCGCGCUGACGGUACCUUGUUUGCCGCGCGGAGCAGCUCGACAGCCUCGUGCACGAUGAACAUCCUCGCCUUUGAUCCGAGGACAGCCACCAUCAGCCUGCACAAGCUCGAGGUCGCCUCGAGCACGGGCGGCAGCGGGUCUGGCGACGACGCGCACCUCUCUGAGCCAUCCAGAGCGAUGGGGGGCAGGCAGGUCGGCAGCGCCGCUUCGCCCACACGGCUCAACAUCAUCGCCGCUGGCACGAACGCCGGCAGCGGCAGCGCCACAUCGGGCCUGACUCAGAUGAUGCGCAAGGCGGGCGGCGGCUUGAUCCCGAGCGGCGUCUUGGCAGGCAGUGCAGGCCCACGCCUCUCGGGCGACUGCCAGCGGGUUGCGGCAUGGACCGACUUGGCGCCCACGGCGGCAUCCAACAGGCUCGAUCUGCCAGUCGUGCUCAGCAGCCACCCGCAGCGCGAUCCCAAGCGACGCCGUUCCGGGCCCACCGCGGCGUCGCUCCGAGGCGCGAUUGCCAAGGCAGAGAUUGAGACCUACAGCCAGUCAGUGCGCGUGUUGCCCACCACGCUUUAUCUAUCUCGACAGUGCUUCUUCCAGGUCUUCGACCACGCCAAGGGCGACCAAGACGUCUUGCUCCUGGCGCUCCACCGCAUGGCCGUGAUACCGCUGAAGGUGCGGGACAUGGCGACCCUCGUGGGCGCCUCGGGCGCCGACACGAUGUACACUGCACGACUUGCGGGAGCCUACGACGAGCUCGACCUCGACAACCUCAACCUCAACGCUCGCUCGCCCUCGGCACUCAUCCCGAGCUUCCCACAGGGACAUCCCGGCAAGACGCAGGGCUGGAGUGGCAGGAGCAUCCCGAUCCGGACCGUUGCCGGCGGCAUCGGCGGAGGCAUCUACCGCGCCAGUCGGGAGCUGAGCCGCGGCGUCGAAAUGGCGCGAAGGCGGACCAGUGGCGCCGCGGCCACGGCCGCGGCGACGGCAGCCGGCUUGCACGCGUUCAGAGCGCGUCCGGAGCAGUCGACGGCGCUCUCGUUUGACGACGAGGAAGGCGACCUCGACAUGUUUGCCGAGCUGCAUGGACGCAACGGGCCGUGUUCGGCCAACUCGGCCGCCUCGCACCUGGUACCCGGCUCCAGAUCCGGUCCCGGGUCGCUGCCGAGCUCAGCAGAGACGCCGCCGACCGACUCCAGCAUCGGCUCGCGCGCCGGCCCCAACAAAGCUCGCGACGACCAGGAGCCUUUCGCAGAAGUCUGUCCGGUCGAUGGAGCAGACGAGGACGAGGUGAUGGGCUGGGAUUCGAUCCAGGAUCCCGACGUGGUCGGAUCCAGGUGGGCGGACGACAACCUGGCCCGGUACGCCAAGUUUGAGGCGGUGCCAAAGGAGGGCGGAGCAAGUGGCGCGGACGACUUCAUGGUGGGAACGUUCGACGAUGAUGACGAGCUGGGAGGCGGCAGCGGAGCUGGCGGCGGUGGCGGUGGGGAUGGUGGGCUGCACGGCCGACGCUCGACGGCUCUGACGGCGCGCGCGCAGAGCCCCCUCUCGGAUGCCACUGCUUCGCCUCGAGCCCUCGUCUACAGCCUCCGGGGCGGCGCAGGAGCCGCCUCGUCUGGACGCUCGAGCCUGCGCGCGACGGCCGUCAUGGAACCGGUCUCGGCGCUCAAGCGAGGCGAGAGCCCGGCGCCGUCGAUCAAGUCGGACGCGCCGAGCAGCGAGACCGAGAGCAGCGGCGGCCGUGUCGGCAGCGGCCGAGCUUCCAGCGGCGCCUCGGGACCCCUCUGCGAGGGCGGCAAAGAGACACACACCUCUGCGCCGCCGUCAUCGUCGCCGCUGUCGUCGUCGUCGUCGUCGUUGCUACCGAUGCCGAUGGCGAUGCCGACGUCGUCGCAGCCUUCCAUUCCCGGCAGCAUGCCCGAGCCCGCGUUCGCUUCGGCCGCUCCGCGCCUUGCCACCACCGCCGCCGUCCCCUCUUCGACGGCGGCGACCAAGGCGGCAAAGAAGAAGAAGGGCGGGAAGCGGUAA